GGAUUAUAGCUGAGAUCCAGGCAAAGUGGAACUGAAGAUGGAGGCAGUGUGGCUGAUAGGAAGGAGCGGGCAGGUAGCUGAAGUGAAGAUGAUGAUCCUGAGGCACAGGAAAAAACAAGAGAAGAGACAGAGAGGUGGAGACAAUAUAAAAGAAAGAGAUCAAGUUAAAUCAAGCACCAGCGGAGUCAUGUUUGUGCAUUAAAGAGGAACAGACAAAAUUUGCUGGUCAUGGAUGAUUUUGUUCUUAACAAAUUAAUGGAAUGGGGUCUCGCUGAGCUGAUUGAAAGAUUUAAAGAUGAAGGCAUUGAUGAGGAAAUUCUUUACCUUCUUGAUGAUCCAGAAAUUGAUAGCUUGAUUCCCAGAGUGGGACACAGGGCAAAAUUUAAGAAUAAACUCAAGUUGUUAAAGGAAGAAAAAAACACAACAACAAACCAGGAAACUGUUGAUUCUUCAGCUCAAUGUGACUUUCACAUGCAGUUUAAACAGGAGCAUAAAGGUCCAGGUUAUUCUCCUCAGUGUCAGCAGAAGCCUGAAGAAGCCGUUGAUUUGGAUCUGGAUUUGCCGUCCACCAGUAACACAAGUGAUAAAGAAGGAAAGCGAAAGUUGGAUCUUCAGGGCGAGUCCAGCAGACGGCAACCACAGACUAAGAAACCACGACACGACACUAUACCUGGAUCAUACAGAGAAAAAAUCAUACUGUAUGAUGUGAAAAACAUCAUGAGAUGGGUCGAUGAGAGAAUACCCAAACAAGACAACAAAAAGCUCAAUUCUUUCCUGAAGACUAAAAUCAGUAAGUUGGAGACAGACAAGAGGGAGAUGGUCGGUGUCUUUGGUAAAACUGGGGCUGGAAAAAGCUCUCUGAUAAAUGCUGUCAUUGGACGGAAGAAUCUCUUGCCCUCUGGAGGCAUCAGUGCAUGUACCUCAGUCAUGAUUAAAGUGGAGGCAAACAUGCAGAGGAAGUAUGAGGCAGACAUUGAGUUCAUUACAAAAGAGGUGUGGAAUGAUGAGUUGUGGUCCUUGUUUAAUUUCCUCGAGGAUAACGACACUGAUGAAAAGCUGUCAGCGCUGUAUGGAGAAGAAUGGAAAAACAAAAAACCUGAAAACCUCAUGGAUUAUAAGUAUUUCAAAGAAAUCCCCGAAUUUCUCCAUUCCAGGAGGAAGACUUUGACAUGUGAAUCAGCUGAAGAGCUUUCUGCAAAGUUAGUCAAAUACACAAGAACUGGCUCAAAAGGGGGAAAAGGUGAAAACAUAAAGAGGUGGUACUGGCCACUAGUGAAGUGUGUGACUAUCAGGGUCCCUAGUAAUGAUCUUCUCCAGCAUGUCACACUUGUGGACCUUCCUGGAAAUGGGGACCGUAACAAGAGCAGAGAUGAAAUGUGGAAAGAGGUUGUUGGAAGUUGUUCUACUGUGUGGAUUGUGACUGACAUUAAUCGAGCAGCAGCAGAGACAGAACCCUGGGAGAUCCUGGAAAGGACCUGUAGCCUGAUGGGAAAUGGUGGCCAAUGUCAGAAGAUUCACUUCAUCUGCACCAAGUCUGAUGUUAUUGAAGAUUUGGAUGACCAUUCAUCAGAUGAAGUUCGUGCUCUCAUAUUUAAAAGAAACAUGCAAGCCAAGGAAGAAGUGAAAAAAGAAUUUAACAAACUAAACCAGGUUAAGAAACAUUUCAGUGAUGACUGUUUCGAAGUGUUCACAGUGAGCUCCAAAGAGUUUCUAAAGCAAAAACAUCUAAACCCAGACGACACUGAAAUACCCAAACUGCAGGAAUUUCUGAAAGAUCUCAAUGACUGUCACUCAGAGACAUUAAACCAUGUGUCUGGAGCUUAUGGGAUUCUCUCUCUGAUCCAAGGGGCCCGUCGUACAGAAGUGGUUUCCCAAAAAAGAGAGGUGUGCACAAUCCUUGAAGACAAGAUGAGGCAGGAACUUGAAAAAGUCAGAAAACCCAUGGAAGAGGCUUAUAAGGCUUUUGAAAAAUGCCUAAGUGAGGGGGUUGAACAAUCAAAACCUUCAUGUCAACAAGCCUUGAGCUCUAUAUAUCCUAGUGAGGUGUCAGGUAGCGGUUUUCACAGGACAUUGAAGUGUGUGGUUCAGCACAAUGGCACAUACACACCAAAGAAAGGGAAACAAAUAAACCUGAAUGUGGACUUGGCUUCACGCCUGACUGACAGCAUUGAUGAAGAAUUCAAGAAGACCUUCCCAAACGAAAGAAAAUAUGGACCAUUCAACGGGGUCAUCAAUAACUUUUCACUUGACACAGAGAGGCUGAUUCAAAAGCACGGGAAUGUUGAACUGCAGCUCAUAUUUCUCAAGACGGAGGAAGAAAAAAUGAAGACAAAACUGAACAAAAUCACCCGGGAGCGUAAAAAAACAAUCUACAGCAGUCUGACAACAACAAUCGAGGAAGCCAUGAAAGAAUGCUACCAAAAAGCAGCAGACUUUAAAGGAAAGGACUCGCUGAAAAACAUGAGGGACACUAUUGAGAAGCAUGUACAUGAUUCAAAGAACAUCAUGUUUCAGCAGGCUAAAAAUGAAAUGUUGAACCAGCUGAGAGACUUGAAGGAGCACGUCCUGGACACUCUGGAGAAAACCAUGCAGAAAUCUAUCGAGCUGUCACUAAAAACAGAUGGUGACACAAUACCAGAUGUUACAGUGGAGCUUGCAGAGGUGAAGAAAUGCUACGAUGAACUGAAGGGAAGCCCAGAUGAAGAAAUGUCACUGAUUUGGCCAGAAGCUGAUUCACCUGGCCCAGCAGCUGCACUGCGUCCCUGACAUGUGCACAGGUUUGCUGAGUGGAGAGAAACAACAGAGGCCUGAUUGCCCACUGAAGCUCCCUGUGUGCUCGAUGAUUAGAGAUGUGUUAUCCCUGUUCUUCUUGAGUGUUGUACUUGAGUUUGCAUGUUGUAAAUGACAUGCAGAUAUACUUUUUGUUUGCCUUUAAUUGAUUAUAUAUUAUAUUCAAAGAAUAAUCUGUUUUACUUCUUGUUCAAGGACAAAACUGUUGAUAGUAUUUAAGUAUAUGAUAAUAAUUAACCAGCUUAUCUGGCAUCUCAAUAUUUACUGCACAUUUUCUUGUUUUAUUUCAAUUUACACUGAUUCUAAAUACAUAAAUGUAUUUCAUAUAAUAUACUGUCCAAUAAAUGCUGAUUGCUCUUCAUG